UUUACAACAAGUAAAAAAAUCAAAGUACUAUAAAAUCAAGAAAAUCCAAAGUUCCCAUUUUUACAAUCUUUACCAAGAGUCGACUCACUCUACCCUUCUCAAUUGAGCCGCUUCUUCAUAGCUCAAGCUUCUUUUGAACAUCAGGUACCUUAUAUACACUUCAACACACACACACACACACAACCUAAAAGAGACAUAAUGAAUUUGCUCCGAAAGGAAAUUAAAGGUCUUGGCAAGAAAUACAAUCUAUUGAUUGCAUUCUCUAAUACAAACACAGCAUAUAGAUUGACUUGUAUUGAUUCAUUGUCGUCUAGCUUAUUUCAUGAAUCUUGUUCAAAAUUGCAUACUAAUUCUCAAAUGGGUCAGCCCCAAAACCCUCUUGAGUCCAACCCCUCUCGAACUUUUGAACCCAUAUGUCUCGAAAAGAAAUCAGGAAGCUUUGAAAAUGGUGGAAGCUAUGAUGAAUUUGCUGUUGAUGUUGAAAAGAUUUACAGAAUUUUGAGGAAGUUUCAUUCUAGGGCUCCAAAAUUGGAACUUGCAUUGAAGGAAUCUGGUGUUGUUGUCCGCUCGGGUUUAACAGAACGGGUGUUGAAUCGAUGUGGGGAUGCGGGGAACUUGGGGUAUAGCUUUUUUGUUUGGGCAUCUAAGCAGCCUGGUUAUAGGCAUAGUUAUGAGGUUUAUAAGUCAAUGAUCAAGAUUCUUGGGAAAAUGCGGCAAUUUGGAGCUGUUUGGGCUUUAAUUGAGGAAAUGAGGAGGGAAAAUCCUCAGCUUAUUACGCCAGAGGUGUUUAUUGUGUUGAUGAGGCGAUUUGCGUCAGCAAGGAUGGUUAAGAAGGCGGUUGAAGUGUUGGAUGAGAUGCCUAAGUAUGGGUGUGAACCGGAUGAGUAUGUUUUUGGUUGUCUGUUGGAUGCUUUGUCGAAGAAUGGUAGUGUAAAAGAAGCUGCUUCGUUGUUUGAGGAUAUGAGAGUACGUUUUACACCGACGAUAAAGCAUUUUACUUCAUUGUUGUAUGGUUGGUGUAAAGAAGGGAAGCUUACAGAAGCUAAGUUUGUUUUGGUGCAGAUGAAGAAAUCAGGUUUUGAGCCUGAUAUAGUUGUUUACAAUAAUUUACUCCAUGGGUAUGCCGUAGCAGGAAAAAUGGCAGAUGCAUUUGAUCUUUUGCAAGAAAUGAGGCGGAAGGGUUGUAAUCCAAAUGCAACAUCUUUCACGAUUUUGAUUCAGGCACUUUGUGCUCAGGAGAAAAUGGAGGAGGCAAUGCGAGUUUUUAUGGAUAUGCAGAAAAGUGAAUGUGAUGCCGACGUUGUGACCUACACUACUCUGAUAAGUGGGUUUUGCAAGUGGGGUAAGAUUGAAAAAGGUUAUGAGCUUUUGGACAGUAUGAUACAGUUAGGAUAUACCCCGAAUCAGACUACUUAUUUAAAUAUACUUCUGGCUCAUGAGAAAAAGGAAGAACUGGAGGAGUGUAUAGAACUUGUGAAAGAGAUGCAAAAGAUUGGCUGCAAUCCUGAUCUCAAUAUCUAUAAUACAGUAAUCCGCUUAUCGCUCAAGUUGGGGGAGGUUAAAGAAGGGGUACGAGUCUGGCAUGAAAUGGAAGCAAAUGGACUCAGUCCAGGGCUUGACUCCUAUGUAAUAAUGAUUCAUGGAUUACUUGAGCAAGAGUGCUUGGUUGAAGCUUGUGAAUACUUUAAAGAAAUGGUUGAGAAAGGCCUUCUAUCUGCUCCACAGUAUGGGGUCUUAAAAGAUCUUUUAAAUUCUUUAUUAAGAGCGGAUAAGCUUGAAUUGGGUAAAGAUGUUUGGAAUUGCAUCAUGAUGAAAGGAUGUGAGCUAAAUGUGUUUGCCUGGACUAUAUGGAUUCAAGCACUCUUUGCAAAAGGGCACGUAAAGGAGGCUUGUUCGUACUGUUUAGAGAUGAUGGAUGCUGGUCUCUUGCCUCAGCCAGAUACUUUUGCCAAGCUGAUGAAAGGUUUGAAAAAAUUGUAUAACAGGCAAAUUGCAGCUGAAAUUACAGAGAAGGUGAGAAAGAUGGCUGAAGAAAGGCAGACGACGUUCAAGAUGUAUAAGCGUCGUGGUGAAAGGGACUUGAUAGAGAAAGCAAAAGAGAAAAAAGAGGGAAGGAAGAGAAGGUCUCGUAGACACCAAUGGGGCACCAACCGAAGCAGAGGUAGUAUCUCAUAGAGAUCGUAGUGGGAAGUCAGUGAACUAUUAAGUUAAUGUCUCAAAUUGUGAUUCCUUUCCAGGGGGACUAUUUUGAAUUAUAUACCUUUCAGGCUUUACUCAAAUUUCUGGGGGACUUUGAAUGAAUAUUUACUUCUUGUCUGCAGCACCAUUAUAGUGUCUUCUAACACUUAUUCAUGAGGAUUGCUAUGAAAGAAAUGAUAUUUCAGCCUGGAGUGGAAUGUCACUACUAAUUAAUUUGUUAGAUUAUAGGGAGAGCUCCGAAUCUAGAUAGUAUUAUGUUUUACAGCUGGAUUAAGAAUUUCAUAUCAGAUCAUUGUAUAACUUGUCAAGUCUAUCCAUUUAUCAAUCAGACCAUUUGCAGAACAUGCAUGGGCUCACUUGUAUUCUUUUCAACGUUAUGACCGAAGACUUAAAUACGAAGAUGAUAUAGAGCAUCACCACUUUUAGAGCUAAGAUGGGAUGUAGACUAAAUUGGAGAUAAUUCUUAAUCGUCUGUGAAGGAAAUAAACUCCAAAGAAGAACGUGUACCAAAGGAGCCAGUGCUGCACCAACUUUCAAACUGUACCGGCAACAGAUAGAGUGUGGUAUAAUCUGUAUGUAGAUGGAUGAACUGUCAGUUUUAAUCUUGCAAAGGUCUCUGAUCAUAGAGAAAUUAUAAGGUGAUAUUAUGGAAGAACUACAGACGUGCGUUCACAGAUCAAGAACUAGUAUAUAUUAGCAUAUUUGUGCAGCAUUUAGAAGCAGAAUCAAGGAAUGAACAUGCAAAGAUAUAUACGGGUGUGUGUUUGAUCGUGUUCAAUGAUACGUACAUGCACGAAAGCGAUCCCUGCGUUUUCCAGACUUUCUAAUAACUUCAAGAUCUACCUGGCUCAUAGACAUGAGUCCCAAUGUGAGUCCAGAAGUCAUACCUGCAAACACUACCAACAUGGUGAUCAAUAUGAUGUAUAAAAAGAAGUGUGGUCUGCAGCAAUGGUAGUACUGUGGGAGCAGGAGUGUGGAAGUAAUGGAGACAUGAGACUUUGGUCCCUCCAAUGUUGUUGUACUCUGCAAGGAACUUGCACAAACACUGCAGUAACCGAUUCAAUGGACACAUGGAAUCGAGAAGCUGGCAGCUGUGGACAAUCACACAGAUAUGUAUAUGUGGACUUAUAAAUUGUCAGUCAAGAUGAGCUAGAGUUAAAUAUUUACAAGCAAGUUGUAUCUUUUCAUGGAUUUGCAUGAUUGUUUUAUCGAAAAAUUUACAUGUUUUUGA